AUCAAAUUUCAGAUUAUUCUCACUCAACGUCAAAAUUCAGUUUAAUACACAUUCCUUUUCAGUCUCACAUGUGAGACCUAACUGAAUUUUUACCCGCAAUCUGUACAAGCUUCAGACCGUGUGCUUUAGUGAGUUUUGUGAAAUGAAAUUCAAAGUGAGGUUAAGGACAUCAAGUUGUCAGAUAUCGUUAUCAAAAUAAGCAACUUGUGCAGAUUCACGACGUCACAAGUGAGAAUAAUUUGAAUUUUGGUGUAAAUGGAAAGCAGCUAUUAUGUGCAAUAUGUUAAAAAGUAGAAAUAACGUUUUUCGUGUAAAAAUAUAUAAUAACACUCAUUUGAACUAUUCGGGACGUUACUUCACAUUCAACAAAAAUAAAAACACGACCUACUCGAGCAGAGUUCGAAGGGUUUUUUCUUCAGAAGAUUGCUAUGUGUAUUAUUCUUGGCUGGCAUGUAUAUAUAGGGGUUUACGAGAUAAGACACUCAUUCUGAUGUUCACAGUUCUACCACCAAGGGUUUUCAGGAAAAUGGGCUUCGUGGUGGACAAGGUUUCCGAAGAUUCAUUCUACGAAAAUUUACUCCUCGGUCUUUCUAAAGUGCUUGAAAAGUCUCCAUUUGUCUCUAACUUAGCUUUAAAAAGAUAUCCGGGUGUUCGUCAAAUGGAUAUAAGAACUUGGGAACACAAUAAUAGUAUCGCCUUACCUGAAGACUUAAAGUGUUUUUUCUCGUCUUCAAAUGGUUUUUCUUACACAUACGAUUUUUCUUAUGAAGCAGAAAAUCAAGAAAAGAGCACCAGACAAGGAAAAUUAGAAGUAAAUCAAUUAAACGACGUUGCCAGAAUAUACGGGUAUGAAACAAAAAAUACAGCUCAAAUAGAAAAAGUUGCAAAUAAAUAUAAACUGAUUUUAUCUAGAGAUAGUAAAGUUUUUGAACUGUGUACUGUAGACGAAAACGCAAAAGUUGUUUUAGUAUACAUCAACACCUACUCAAAUCCUACAAUUUGGUUAUAUACAACUCCGAUGAUAUUCAAUCACAUAGCAGACGAUUUUACAAUAUAUUUUCGAAGAUGCAUAGCCCAUCUAGGUAUCCCAUGUUGGCAGUACAUCGUAUCUAACAAAGGAUUACCAGAAUGGACGAAAGAAAUUUUCCUUCUACUAGCACCUGGUGUACUACAAGAAGAUAAAAAUUUAGUGGAAACUCCCAGAGUUGUUAUAGAAGAAACAAACGUUAUAGAUCCUGCCGUUUUCCUCAGUUCUACUAACAGCAAUCACGGACUUAUCAUGCAAGCUAUGCAACAAGCAAAAUCUACCAAAGAAAAGAAAAGUAAAACUGUGCCAAAAAAGCAAGUUAACAGUAAACUGGUCAGAAAACAUGAAAAAUAAUAAAAACUUUAGAAAAAAAAAAGAUUUUUGAUUCAAUCAUUCACGCCAAGCUGAUAUUUUUAAACUCUGAUUUACAUUACUUAUCUUCUACUUUCAUUUGUGCUUUGAAAUGUACAGGUACACAGGAAAAAUAAAUUCACACACUGCUAAAAAAUUUUAUAUCCAAUAUCUUUUUUCUCUUAUUUUGUAUUGUUUUCUUUUAAGAAGUUGUGAUUCUGAUCAUACUAGUUCUUUGUCGGAAUGCCCUGUAGUUUACUGGCAUUUACUGUUCCUUGAUGAAUUUUACAAUCCUAUGCUCCGGAGACUUUUUUACUAUAUAUCUUGUACUUUCUAAAUCUUUGUUGUGUUGCAUUUGGGUGGUGGUUGAACUUAUUAUUUGGUCAUCUUGGAUGUUCUUAAACGCAGUUUAGUAGCCAUUCUAAUAUUCAGAUCUUUGGGUGAAUAGAUAACUUAGCUUCCCGUUAGGAUUGUAGGAUUUUUUAAUAUUUAUUAAAAAAUGAAAUAACUCAAUUUUUUGGUAUUUUUUUAAUAAAAACUUCUUGUAUUUAUUUAAUAUUUUCUAUUAAAGAAGUUUUAUUUGAUCUCCAGUAGUGGACUGGUUAUAAAUGCUAUUGUAACAUAAGAUUUUUGGAUCUUCAUAUUAUUUUCAGUAUCACGAAUUCAUAUUGUACCAAAUAUAAGUCCAAGUAGUAGCAGUCAAAACAUUAAAGGUAGGUAAAGCGCCAGAAAGAGACAAUAUAACUUAAAUAAUUAAAUAUAUGGAUGAAAAGGGAAUAAAUAAAUCAACAGGAUACCUAUCUAUAAAAGUGGCGCCAAAGAAAUUGUAAAAACUAUAGAUAUGAAAAUAACAAGUAUACAAGCGAAAUUAAUGACUAAUAGAGAAAAGAAAUAAGAUGGAACACACUUUAGAGGACUCCAAUGUGGAUUUAAAAGUGGAAGUAACACAAACUACUUGACAUUUACAAUUAGACAAAUAAGUGAGAAAUUAAUAAAGAAAUUCAUAUAUGUUUUAUAAAUUUGGAGAAAGCCUUUGAUCAAAUAGUUAGAAACCGUUAAUAUAUCAGAAGACAAUAAGAAGAAGAAUCGAAGGAAUUUACCACAAAGAUAAGUAUUGAACAAGGAUGUGUACUUAUCCCUCUACUGUACUUCUACAAUUAGCAGAAAGUCAGAUGAAAAAAUUUAAUGUAGAGAUUUGAAGGAUAUAUAUAAUGGAAUUGAUAUUCGCAGACUUGGUAUUGGUAGUGAGAUCAGAAGAAGAUCUAGAACAUUAUUUGGAGAUAUUAAAUACGGAAAUGAAUAUGAUACAAUUAAAACAAAUUAAACAAGGAAUAAAAUAAAAAUAUCUAAGUGUAAUAAUAGAAAGUAAUGCCAGACUAAAGGAGAUAAACGAAAAAAAAAAUAGGAAAAGUGGGUUAAUCAUUUGACGCAAUUUAAGAAUUAUUCUUUAGUAAAAAAAGGUAUCAAAAAACAUGAAAAUAGAAAAUGU